GAGAGAAAAGACGAGGAGAAGAGCCUGACAUAGAAAAUGAGAAAGCAAUAGGAAGGAAGAAACAAGAAACAGUGAACAGUGAUAAAGUAACAAGGAAAAUAGAGGAAAGAGAAAGCACAGUAGGACAAAGAGGAAAUACAAAAUUAAAGAAGUAUAAAGAAGAAAGAAGGAAUAGAAGGAGGGAAGUAUCG